AAACAUUUGAGGCUCAGGCAACUAAAUAUAGUUCGGCGGCGACUCAGCGCCGCCUCGAAGCCGUUCAACUUCGCCCUCUGAUUGCACUUUAUUAAAAACGUAAAUUAUAUUUAAAAAAAGUAAUAAUUUUAGUUUCACAUCUUACUCGUUCGGUUAAAUUUUUUGUAAAUAUGAGUUAUCCCCGUCACAAUAUUUAGAAGUUUAAAAUGAACUUUCACUCCACAGCUGUAAAUGUUCGGGUAUUUUUUUUUGCUAAAACACGUGAACUGUCCGGACUAAAUGAAGUAAAUUACGAAUUACGUUCUUCAAAAAUUGUUGCAUCCGAUCUAUUGCUUAAAAUUAGUAAAGAUUUUAACUUGGAAGCGAUUAGGGAAAGUUUAAUUCUAGCUAUCAACGAAAACUACUGUGAAGAUUUGCAUACAGAACUCCAAUUAAACGAAGGUGACGAAAUUGCUAUCAUACCUCCGAUAAGUGGUGGAUAAUAUAUACACACAUUCAUACAUAAAAAAUUGAAGGAUUGUGAUAAACCGCGAUAUAAUGAAUCAUUUAAUACUCAGCCGUGAUAUUUUAAAUGUUGGCGAAAUAAGCAACACCGUAUCCGCUGAAUCUUGUGGGGCAAUAUCAUUGUUUGUCGGCACGACAAGAGAUUCUUUUGAGGGAAAAAGGGUACGUUCAUUGGAGUAUGAAGCCUACGAACCAAUGGCCAUUAAACAAAUUGAACUUAUUUGUGAGGAACUUAGGCGUCAGUGGCCAGACAUAGUAAAUAUUGCAAUAUGCCACCGUUUGGGUUUAGUAGAAGUUCGAGAGGCCAGUGUCAUUAUAGCUAUUUCGUCGCCCCAUCGUAAAACUUCAUUGGACGCAGUCGAUUUUGCAAUAGAUGAACUUAAGAAGCGUGUACCGAUCUGGAAGAAAGAAAUAUACGAAGAAAAUGAAUCCGCAUGGAAAGAGAACAAGGAAUAUCAAUUUGGCAGCAGUGAUAAAUUAAAUAUUUUCGAUGAGAGAAUGUGCGGCGUUGAGGAUUCUAAUCCACUACCGAGUCAGUUGGUUCAAAUUUCUGCUGGUGAAAAUGAAAUUAAAAGACGUAUCCAAUGUUUUGUCGAAAAGAAACGCAAUGAAAUAGAUCUGUGUAAUAUUAUGGACUUUACUGAUGUCAAACAACAAAAUCAUGUUAAUUCUCUUCAAGAAAGUGGACUGGAGCAAACAAAUUAUGAAAACGGCAAUAAUUUAAUGACUUGUGCAAGAGUAAAUAGCACCGUUGUUAAGCAAGAAUAUUCCAAAUGUCAUUUGAAAGUAAAAAGGGUGGAGAACAAUACUGGACCACAAUUGCGACCCGACUAUUUGAAUGCACUUGAUAAGCUUAUGGUUCCCAUAGCAAGAAACAAGUUAAAAUUACAAAUGCAGUGCACACCAGAUCGUUCAGUUAAAGAAGAAUAUAUUAUGUUAAAAUAUCCCACUAUCGUAGAGAGAUUAGAAAACAUUGAAGAACAUAUUAACGUGCCACAAUCUGAAAUCAAAAACAUAUAUCAACGUAUAAAAGCCAUAGAAGAUCGAAUACUUUAUUUGGAAUCAAUAUCACCUGAGUAUCGCCACUUUUUGGUGGAAACGUCUCAAAUUGGAGAUUCUAGCAAUACCUUUGAAUCGUUAAAUGAAAGUACACAACCGGCAGGUUUAUUGGCAUACGACAAAAAAAAAUAUUCCGUAACUGACAUAGAUACUAUCAUUCACAGUUUCGAAAAACGCGACCUGGAUGAGAAUAUAAAUACAAACAUAUGAAAUAAAUCACAAUAAAACACAUUAUUUGUAUAUGUUUUUAACUAUUUCAAA